AUGUGGCGACCAGGCCUCUCUCUCGGCCUCGCGGCCCUGCUCUUGCGCAGCGCCGUCGUCGCCUGGCCCUACGACGAGUCCCUCGUGGACUACAACGUCAACACCAACAAAGACGCCACAAACCCCGCCGAAUACUCGGGCACAUGGCCGGACCACGAGGGCGACUACUUCCCCUCCCCCGACAACUGGCGCUUCCCCUUCUACACGCUCUUCAUGGACCGGUUCGUCAACGGGGACCCCGAAAACGACAACAUCAACGGGACUGCGUUUGAGCACGAUUUGAACUCCAACCAGAUGCGGCACGGCGGUGAUGUCGCGGGGCUCAUCGAUACCCUCGACUAUCUCCAGGGGAUGGGCAUCAAGGGCAUUUAUCUUGCCGGUACGAUCCUCAUGAAUCAGCCCUGGGGCUCGGAUGGGUAUUCUGCGCUGGAUACGACGUUGCUCGAUCAGCAUUUUGGCAAGAUCCAGGAGUGGCGCAAUGCGAUUACGGAGAUUCACAAGCGCGGGAUGUAUGUUGUUUUUGAUAAUACGAUUGCUACCAUGGGCGACCUCAUCGGCUUCGAAGGCCACCUCAACACCACAACGCCCUUUAGCGAAAAAGAGCACAAAGCCCUCUGGAAGUCCGACCGGCGCUACGUCGACUUCGACAUUGGCAACGACUACAACGCCACCUGCGACUACCCACGCUUCUGGUACGAGGACGGGUACCCCGUCAACGAGACCUGGACGUCCGGCCUGGUCGGCUGCUACAACAGCGAUUUUGACCAGUACGGCGACAUCGAAGCCUUUGGCGUGUUCCCCGAUUGGCAGCGUCAGCUGGCCAAGUUCGCCUCCGUCCAAGAUCGUCUGCGCGAGUGGAACCCUUCUGUGCGUGAGCGGCUGAUCCGGCAUAGUUGCAUGAUUAUCCAGUCGUUUGACAUCGACGGGUUCCGGUACGAUAAAGCCACGCAGGCGACUGUCGACGCCCUGGCUGAAAUGUCCAUGGAAUACCGCGAAUGCGCGCGCAAGGUGGGCAAGAAGAACUUUUUCAUCGCCGGCGAAAUCACCGGCGGAAACCAGUUCGGGUCCAUCUAUUUGGGUCGCGGGCGCCAGCCCAACCAGUAUAUCCCGGACCCGUUGGAUGCGAUGAAGUUGACCAACGAGUCGGACCCGCAGCAUUUCCUGCGCGAGGCGGGCCAUGAGGCGAUUGACGGCGCCGCGUUCCAUUACUCGACGUACCGUGCUCUCACCCGGUUCCUGGGUAUGGAUGGGCAGUUGGCGGCGGGAUUCGAUGUCCCUGUCAACUUUGUCAAUGCGUGGAAUAACAUGACCAGCACGAAUGAUCUGAUUAAUGCGAAUACUGGCGAGUUUGAUCCCCGGCACAUGUACGGCGUGACCAAUCAGGAUGUGUUCAGAUGGCCUGCUGUCCAAUGGGGAGUUGAGCGCCAGAUGCUUGGAUCCUUUAUCACGACGAUUAUGCUGCCUGGAAUCCCGUUGAUGCUCUGGGGCGAGGAACAGGCGUUUUACGUCCUGGAUGCUACCGCCUCCAACUACAUCUACGGUCGGCAGGCCAUGUCCCCCGCAACGGCGUGGAAGACCCACGGGUGCUUCGCGCUCGAAUCCUCGCAGUACUACAAGUGGCCCAUCACGAAUGCAAGCACCGGCUGCUACGACGAGACGGUGACGUACGACCACCGCAACCCCGCGCAUCCCGUGCGAAACAUCUACAAGCGCAUGUUCCAGCUGCGCGACCUGUACCCGGCUCUGAACGACGGGUAUAUGCUCUACGCACUCUCCAACAACACCAACCAGACCCAGUACCCCGGUUCCAACGGCACCGCGACCGAAACGGGCGUGUGGUCGGUGCAACGCGACAUGAACACCGAGGUGCAGAAGAACAAUAAGAACCAGACCGUCUGGCUCGUCUACCAGAACGUCAACCGCACCAUGGACUGGAAGUUCGACUGCUCGGACAACGAGACUGCGCUCAUUGCGCCGUUUGCCGCGGGGACCAAGGUCCGCAAUCUGUUCUAUCCGUAUGAUACGCAGACCCUGGAGAAAUACGCCAAGGGUGAAGACUGGCAGGGGUGUCUGUCCGAAAUGACCCUCGAUCGCUACGAGUACCGCGCCUAUGUCCCCGAGUCCCGCUGGAAGGGGCCCAUGCCCAUGAUCACCAAGUUCCAGCCUGGGGACGAUGACGCUGCCGGGCAUGAUUCGCCGCUGCGGUCCACGGUUGCGCCUGAUGCGCCCGAGACGGUUCCCAUCAAGCUGCAGUUUUCCGAAGAGAUGGACUGCGAUUCGGUGACCAAGUCGAUCAGCUUUGACUCGUCCACCGAAGCAAACCAGACCCCGCAGAUUGAUGAAAAGUCCGUUUCCUGCGCAACCAUCGACGAGACGAUCGAUUACCUGGCCCGAAACUACACGGGCCACAUCCCCGGCAAGUGGCAGUGGGCCGCCAACCUGAAUCGUGUCUACAACGGAAUCCACAGAGUCACCGUGACCAACGCGACCAACAAGGACGGCGACGACUACACCAACGCCGUCGACCACUUCCUCUUCCGCAUCGGGCAGAUCGACAACCCCAUGGUGUUUACGACGGCCAACUACUCGUCCAGUCUGCUGCACGAGUCGGAGAACGGCACCUUGUUCAUCCAGCACCACGCCGCCGGCGCCACGAAAUAUCGCUACUCCACCAACUGGGGCUCGUCCUACUCCAGCUGGAGGAAAUACACCGGAGGAAACGACACCAUCGACGCCCUCGAGUGGUCCGGCACCCACAAGCAAAAGUGGAGCGGCCACCACGUCCGCGUCGAGUACUGGAGCAGUCUGACCGGCAGCAGCGACUACGUGCAGGAGGGCGAUGUCGGCUGGAACCACAAGGUGCAGCGCCGCUGGCCGCAUCUGUUCUUCAACGGGCCCUUCAACCAGUAUGGAUACGACGGGGGUCUGAGCAACGAGGUCGAGCUGAAUACCGACAAUGGGUACUGGCAGUAUCACUUCACCUCCGAGUGGCCGGCCGUCGGUCAACUGAAUGUCUGGGGCAUGAACCCCGACGGCGAGCCCGAUCAGAGUUAUGUCCUGGGUGAUGUCGAUGGUGACAAGGUCCUCGACCGCAUGCCGCCUUCUUCUCUGUCAGCCACACUGGUGAAUAUCAGUGACGCCCCGCCCUCGCCGUAUCUCGCGUGGAAGUUCUACAUCAAUGAUGCGACGAUGCGCUACGACCUUAUCCCCGUUGGAAACCAGAGCUCCCAGAUCGCCAUGUACGUUCUGUUCUGGAUCAUCCCUGUCCUCACCGGUGCCGCCUGCGUGUACAUCUUCAUGAAGUCCUUCUACCAGGUCAAGUUCAACCAGGUCGGUGUGAGCGAGUCGCACGGAAUGAUCCCCCUCGUCCUCCGGAGAAAGCUCAAGCAGGUCCGCGAAGGCAGAGCCGGCGGUCCGCCCAGCGGGCUCAUGCGUCUCGCUGGCAAGUCCAAGUUCAUGCAGAGCACGACUGCUCUUGGAGCGGCUGCUGCCGAUGGGAAGCGCCGCACCGUCCUGAUCGCGACCAUGGAAUACGACAUUGAAGACUGGGCCAUCAAGAUCAAAAUUGGUGGUCUCGGUGUCAUGGCGCAGCUCAUGGGCAAGACGCUCGGCCACCAGGACCUCAUCUGGGUCGUCCCCUGCGUUGGCGGCGUCGAUUACCCCGAGGAUACCCCCGCGGAACCCAUGACGGUCGUCAUCCUGGGCAACCCGUACCAGGUGCAGGUGCAAUACCACGUCCUCAACAACAUCACCUACGUCCUCCUCGACGCGCCCGUCUUCCGCCAACAGUCCAAAUCCGAGCCGUACCCAGCCCGCAUGGACGACCUCGACAGUGCCGUGUAUUAUUCCGCGUGGAACCAGUGUAUCGCCGCGACGAUCAAGCGCUUCCAGCCCGACAUCUACCACAUCAACGACUACCACGGCUCCCUCGCACCACUCUAUCUCCUCCCCGAAACCAUCCCCGCCGCCCUGUCUCUGCACAACGCCGAGUUCCAGGGUCUGUGGCCGAUGCGCACGCAAAAGGAGAAGGAGGAAGUCUGUUCCGUGUUCAACCUGGAUAUCGAGACUGCGCGCGCGUACGUGCAGUUUGGUGAGGUGUUUAACCUCCUGCACGCGGGAGCUUCGUACCUGCGUGUCCACCAGCAGGGCUUUGGUGCCGUCGGUGUGUCGAAAAAGUACGGCAAGCGCUCGUACGCACGGUACCCGAUCUUCUGGGGUCUGCGCAAGGUUGGUAACCUGCCGAACCCUGACCCGUCUGAUGUCGGUGAGUGGACCAAGGGCGAGCAGGGCGGUGCAGCAGCCGACAUCACCGUUGAUCCCGAGUUUGAAGCCAAGCGCGGUGAAUUGAAGAGACAAGCGCAGGAAUGGGCAGGUCUUGAGCAGAACCCUGACGCCGAUCUCCUCGUGUUCGUCGGUCGGUGGUCCAUGCAAAAGGGUGUCGAUCUCAUUGCAGACGUCAUGCCUGCAGUUCUCGAGGCGCGCCCCAACGUGCAACUCAUUUGCGUUGGGCCCGUCAUUGAUCUGUACGGUCGCUUCGCCGCGUUGAAACUCGACCACAUGAUGAAGAUCUACCCUGGUCGCGUCUUUUCCCGUCCUGAAUUCACGGCCCUACCUCCGUAUAUCUUCUCUGGUGCCGAAUUCGCCCUCAUCCCCUCGCGUGACGAGCCCUUUGGUCUUGUCGCCGUCGAGUUUGGUCGCAAGGGUGCGCUCGGAAUCGGUGCUCGCGUUGGUGGACUCGGUCAAAUGCCCGGUUGGUGGUACACUGUUGAAUCCGUCUCGACCUCCCACUUGCUGCAGCAGUUCAAGCUUGCCAUCAACGCGGCUUUGAACUCGAAAACCGAGACCCGUGCCAUGAUGCGCGCUCGCUCGGCCAAGCAGCGGUUCCCCGUUGCGCAGUGGGUGGAGGAUCUGGAGAUCCUGCAGACGACUGCCAUCCAGGUGCACAACAAGGAGCUGGCCAAGGGGCACGGGAAACCGCUGACGACGUCUGGUCUCUCGACGCCAACUGGGGUAAUGACCCCCUCUGCCCGUCCGACCAGUCCGCUCAUGGGGCCUGGUAUGCAUCUUAUGCCUCCGUCCCGCGACAGCAGCUACUCGAACCUCAACCGCCUCAGCGACUUUGGCACCACCAACAAGAACGUGUAUACCCCCGAGCCAAGCACCAGCGACACGGAACAGCCGGCCGGUCUUCAGCGUUCGCUGUCUCUUGGUGUGCGCUCUGGUCCUGGUCACCGGUCUCGUCGUGGUCGCAGCCGUGUCCGCAAGCCCGGUGAGAACAUCCCCGAGGAAGAGGAGAACGAGAGCUCCAGCGACAACGAGUCGAUUUUGAGCUACUAUGCCGACGACGAGUACCAUGUCACCCCGGACCAGAUCGAGCAGAUCCGCCAGGCACAAGCUGCUCGUCAGUCUGGUAGCCGUGUUGUCUCGUACAGCCGCCGCAACAGCCAGGACUCACUGCGACUCCCCAUGACCCCCGGCGCCAUGCACAGCCCGACCACCCCCGGCUCGCCGUUCACAGGCGACCGCAGCCUCCUGCCCCCGCCCAAACCCUUUGCCGAGGCCAACCACAACCGCUACAGCAGCGCCUCUGCCUUGUCCCUCAACUCGGUCGUCAGCGGCAAGACGGACUUCAAGCUGCAAAAGGUCGAUCCGUUCUUCACCGAUUCCAACGGCGAGUACUACAAGAAUUUCGAGCAGAAACUCGAGAAGCUCAACGGGUCCAACUCCGAGUCGCAGCUGUGCAUCGAGGAGUUCCUCAUCAAGUCUGAGCGCCAGUGGUUCGACAAGUUCCGCGAUGCGAGACUCGGUCGGUCCAAGGCUACGCCGACGCCGUCCAUCUUCCGCGAUAAGCACGGUGGUGGCUCGUCCAAUGAGUCGCUUCCUCUUGAUGACAACGACUCGCGCAAUGGCCAGCAUGCGUUCAACGACUCUUAUGUUUCUGAUGAUGACGAGUUCCUCCUGGGCAAGGACUAUGUCCCCCCCACCGGCUUGAAGAAGUGGAUGCAGAUCAAGAUUGGCGACUGGCCCGUGUACACGCUCGUGCUGGCCCUCGGCCAAAUCAUCGCGGCCAACUCGUACCAAAUCACCCUGCUCACCGGCGAAGUCGGUCAGACCGCCGAGAAACUGUACGGCAUCGCCACGACCUACGCCAUCACCUCGGCGCUGUGGUGGCUCGUCUUCCGCUACUUCAAGUCCGUCGUCUGCCUCAGCGUCCCCUGGUUCCUGUACGGCAUCGCCUUCCUACUCAUCGGUUCUGCGCACUGGGAGUCUGACUCCUUCAACCGGGGUUGGAUCCAGAAUGUUGGAUCCGGGUUCUAUGCGGCUGCCUCGAGCAGUGGGUCGAUUUUCUUCGCGCUCAACUUUGGUGAUGAGGGUGGUGCGCCGGUGAAGAAGUGGAUCUUCCGUGCUUGUAUCAUUCAAGGCAUUCAGCAGGUGUAUGUCAUUGCGCUGUGGUAUUGGGGUUCGACGCUUGCGCAGGUUGCAAGUCAGGGGCUGCUCACGGCUGAUAAUCAGAUUUCCAACACCUGGAAGAUGACGGCCAUCUGCUACCCCAUCGCCAUGUUCCUCUGGGCCGUUGGCCUCCUCCUCAUCUUCGGCCUCCCCAACUACUACCGCCAGGUCCCCGGCAAAGUCCCCUCGUUCUACCGCUCCGUCUUCCGCCGCAAAAUCGUCCUGUGGAACUUUGUCGCCGUCAUCCUGCAAAACUUCUUCAUGAGCGCCCCCUACGGCCGCAACUGGAGCUUCCUCUGGACAACCGCCCACGCCACCAAAUGGCAGAUCCUCAUCCUCUGCGUCGUCUUCUUCGGCGUCAUCUGGUGCCUGUUCCUCUACCUCGUCUCCCAGUUCUCCAAACAGCACUCCUGGUUCCUCCCCGUCCUCGCCUGUGGCCUAGGUGCGCCGAGAUUCAUCCAGAUCUGGUGGGGUGUUUCCGGCAUCGGAUACUACCUCCCCUGGGCCGCCGGCGGCAGCUACACCUCUGGCGCCCUGGUGUCGCGUAGUCUGUGGCUGUGGCUCGGCGUGCUGGAUAGCAUCCAGGGCCUCGGAUUCGGAAUCAUCCUCCUGCAGACGCUGACGCGGAUGCACAUGUGUUUCACGCUCAUCGUGUCUCAGGUCAUUGGAUCCAUUGCAACGAUUUGCGCGCGUGGCUUCGCGCCGAAUAAUACGGGGCCCGGCCCCAUUUCUCCGGAUAUUACCAAGGGCGCGGAUGCCCUGGCCAACGGGUGGUUCUGGGUUGCGUUGGGGUGCCAGUUGCUUGUUUGUGCCGGCUUCCUCCUCUUCUUCCGCAAGGAACAGCUCUCGAAGCCUUAA